UAAAAUGCCAAAAGCAUUUUCUGACACUCUUCUUGCGCGGCUCAAUCGAUAGUUGAAUAUUCUAUUUUUUGAACCUUUUUCCUGAUGUCCUGCGAAUGGCUUCAUUAUGUUUGUUGAUUGUGGGAAUGCGUCAUCCGCCACAAAAACAAAUGGAACAUCAGUGCUUCGUCCUAGUAAUGAACAAGCAGGUGGAAGGUUUAGGGUAUUUUCUUCAAGGCACUCUUUGAAAUAUGAAUCGUUGAAUACGCCCCCGUCCGAUAUUCGUCCCUGACAUCCCACGUUUGCAUAUAUAAAAUUAUAAUUUGCGUCUACAACAGCGAACAAGACAAUGCUAAAGAAGCUCUUGUAGUUGAAAAAAUCGGUUCCUGAAUUUAUAGGAGCUUGUAUUGAUAUAUGUUUGCCGUCCAUAGCUCCGACACAAUUUGGAAAAUUCCAUUUGUCGUUGAACUGCUUGGCUAUAAAGUACCAACUUUCGUUAGUUUUAGUCAUCUGAAAAUAAAAGUUACAUACCAUAAACAGACGAACGAACUAUAAAUUGCAAAGCAAAAAAGUGGAUUAAUUUAGAAAUUAAUAUUUUGUUUCAGGGUAAACGAAAACGAAAGGAAGAAGAUUCACAAGAAGUAGAAACAGACGAUGGAGAAGAGUCGCUACAAGUAUUGGAACAGAGCAUUGAUGGUUCCGAAAAUGAGGUUGGAACAACAGCUCAAUCUCAAUCUAAAUCAAACUCAAUUAACAUUGUGAAGUCCCGUGGUCGAAAAAGUAUGGCUACUAAUUUACCAAUUGUAAACGAGGCAGUGAAUCUUAUGCGAUCUAUUACUACUAAAAGGGCUGAAAAGGAUGAAUUUUCAUUGUUUGGUGAACAAGUUGCAAUGAAGCUUCGAAAAAUUGUGUCGCUAUUUGCUAGAUUUUCCGUUCAGAAUAUAAUUAAUACUGUUCUAUUUGAAGCAGAAAUGGGCAAAUACGAUAAUCCUCAUUUCAUAAAUCAUUCUCAUCCAUCUACUCCACAAGCAUAUCCACUGCAAUCAUUCAAUGUUGCCCAUAAUUCAAUACCAUCUCCAGGACAUUACCCCAAUACAUUAAGUGGUCGGAGUUCGACAUCAACUUCUACUAUUAAUCAAGAUGAGGACAUUCACACUCUCUUAUUGACGUUGUAAUUUCUUAUAUUUUUAAAUAUAUAACAAACUACGAUGAAUAGUU